AUGGUAAGAAAUGAAAUCAAAGCAGAAUUAGUCUGUUCUUCAAGUCUGUAGGUUGUGGUAUUUGUUUCAUUUCCGAUUUGAGUGAAGUUAGCAAUUCAAAAAUGAAAAUUACAAUUGUGUUCGGAUUGGUAUUGUUCGUCCUUAUCCAGGAACUCCAUACCAAAAGUACACCUUUAGAUAAGAUGCCUAAAUCGUCAAGAAAUAUGCGAAUCUCAGAAAUUAAAUCGCUUCUUUCAAAUUACAUCGGUUUCCAGCAAAGUUGUAACGACCUUGUAGACAAAACAGGCGAAACAACCGAUAGACAACUCGGAAUAAUAAUCGCUACGAAAAUCUUUGCGUCGAAAACAAACACCAGUGAAUCGGAUUGGGAAAGAAUCAUGUCAGGUGACAAGGCAUUACUCACUGCCGACGAACUUGUUCGAAUCGAUUCCAUUCCAACGAAUGAUGACGAAAAACUAGAAAAAAUGUUAACAAUACUGGCUAAGUCACGUAUGAAUAACGAAGACUCCACGCGUGUUAUUCAAUUGAUAAACGAUUGUAGUGACAGCUUACCAAAGGAUCAACAGAUAAAAGGAGGAUUAAAAGCAGUCAUGACAGUGAUUUCUGCAUGUUCUGGCCAAUCUUACGAACGCGUUUUGUCGUGGUUUCCAGAAUUUUUCAAGCGACUUCACAGCACUGAUAGGAUGUACGACAAUCUCGCAGGUGAUCAUGAACAAUUUAUUUAAUUUGGAAAGUCCUUGGAACUAUGUAAGUGAAACUAAACAGACUCAAGCUAAAGCUACGAUUGUAGUGUAGGAACAAAACAGAGUCAAAUAAAAUGUUUUCGUAUUAUAGCAAUA